GGCCUCUAUAACUUCUCAUAUAAAUAUGGCCGCUCUGGGACCAAGAGGAAAUAAAGAAAUAAUCUCUCUCUCUCCCUCUCUCUCGUCUGAAUUAAUUCAACACCGCCAUCUCCAUUCCCCACCACCAGCAGUGCACGAAUAGGGAAGGGAUUCGAGUGACGGGGAUUUGGUUUUUUCGCUUUUUUGUUGUUGUUCUGUUCUUCUCUUGUUCUGUUUUAAUUUGGUAUCUUAAUGUUAUCCUGUGGAGUUCGGUGGUUCGGAUUCAGGAAUUGCGAGUUGGGUUUUUGUUUUUUCCUCUCUGGAGAGUGAUUUUGUUGUUUAUGAAGUCUGUGAGGCUCAAUUCUUGUUUAAUCAGGGGUUGCUGUGUCGAGUCUGCUGUUUUUUCCUCCCGUUCUGGAGCUGUUCUGAUGGUGUGUUAAUGGUUGAAGCGAAUGGUAUGAGUUCAAUUUGGUCUUUGCGUUUUAGAUCCGUUUGAAGCAGCUGAAAGAGGGGUUUUUAAUUUGUGUCUGAUUUUGAUUUCUGAGGAUUUUGAUUUAGUCUCGUAGAGGUAGAGGGAUUAAGCUAAAGAAAAGCAGGGGAAAGAAGAAGAAGUAAUGGAGUCAGAUCUCCAACAGCAGCAGCCCCAUCAGUUUCAGAAUCACCAUUACCAGCAACAGAUGAACUCUGGUUUGAUGCGUUACCGAUCUGCUCCGAGUUCCUUCUUCGCAAAUUUCCUGGACGAUGAACAGUAUCUCCACGUUCGGCCUUCGAGUCCUGAGACUGAGAGAUUCAUCGCACGGUUCAUGGCCGAAGAUUCGUCUUCGCUGCCUGAGAUUCAGAAGAAUUCUCCGCCAACCGAACACCAACACCAGCACCAACAGCAGACGCAGUUCGCGGCACCGAUGAAGCACGAACCAGAGGGCUUUCAACAGCAGCACCAGCAGCCGCAGAAUGGGUAUUCUUCGGCGGCACCACUUGUGUACCAAAGCUCGUCUCGACCGCCUCUGCCGAACCACAGCGCAUCCGCCACUGCCUCCGAGAUGGACGGCCACUACAGAGGAGUGACUUCAAUGGCAGUGGAUCAUCAGCUGCCGCCGGCGAAGAUGGGUGGCGGCGGCGGCGGCGGCGGCGGCGGCGAUGGAAAUAACUCCAAUCUUAUCCGGCAGAGCAGCUCUCCUCCGGGGCUUUUCUCCCAUGUAAACAUUGAAAAUGGCUAUGGUAUAAUGAGAGGGAUGGGGAAUUUCGGAUCCAUUAAUGGCACUAAUGGAGAAGCAUCUUUUUCUUCUGCAAGCAGGUUGAAGGGUCAAAUAAACUUCUCAUCUGGGCCACCUUCUUCUUCAGGGCUUAUGACACACAUGCCCGAUAUUGGGAACAAAAGCUUGGGUGCAAGUAGCCCCGACAGUGGAAGUUUCAGUGAUGGGCGCGGUAAUAAUGGAUGUUAUCUCACAGGUUUCCCAAUUGGCUCUUGGGAAGACUCUGGAAUUCUGUCUGAAAAUCUCAAUGAUUUAAGAAGGGCUAAAGAUGAUGAUAGGAGGACUUUUUCUGGUUUAAAUGUAUCAGAAACUCAGCAUGGUCGGCCUGCUAACCAUAACCAUACUCCGGCUGGUUUGCCUCGUCACUUGAGCUUGCCAAAAACAUCAUCUGAGAUUGCUGCAAUCGAAAAGUAUUUGCAAUUCCAGGAUUCUGUGCCUUGUAAGAUUCGAGCCAAGCGUGGUUGUGCCACUCACCCACGAAGCAUUGCGGAGAGGGUGAGAAGAACCCGAAUUAGUGAAAGGAUGAGGAAACUGCAAGAGCUUGUUCCAAACAUGGACAAGCAAACAAGCACUGCAGACAUGUUAGAUUUGGCUGUUGAGUACAUUAAAGACCUUCAGAAACAGGUCAAAACACUUAAUGAUACUCGUGCCAAGUGUACGUGUUCAAACAAGCGGAAGCAGCCAUAGUUCGGGGGCGUAGGAUAUCCUGCUUCUGUACAGAACCUUGACAGUUAGGUGAAGGAGGUAUAAAGCACAGCUGGGAUCACUUUAGUUUUGGAAAAGAAGAUGCCAUCUUUUAUGUGGAUGACUCCAAGAGAGAGCAAGAAAAAGCUAAAGGGAUGCUAAAAGCUCUAAUAUAACAUUUUGAUGCCAUAAAGAAAACUAGAUGCAUGUAUCGUGAAUCCCCCAGAUGUAUGUACUACCCCGUGCUCUGAGAAAAUCUUCUGUCAGAGAGAGAGAGAGAGAGAGGCUCUGUUGUAUAGUACUAUAGUUUUUUGGUGUUUUGAAGUGAAGAUUUGGUGCCAUCAAUGGCUGUGUCCCAUUGAAAGGGGUGGGAGAAUAAGUGGGACUAGAGCUCUCAGCUUUUGAAAUAAUGGGCAGAUGGAAUAAGACAAUCGCAUUAAAUCUCUUUUUGAAAUA